GGCAUUAUUAUUAUCGUUAUGAAACAAGUGGUUCGGUGUUAUAAAUUACAAUCGUUAAUAAUUAUUGCAACACAGUGCGCGGUCGGUCGGACCGACUUUAGCGUUCGUCAGAUGUUAUUGUGUACACUAAUAUGUUAAUCGCACUUGAAUGGGUGGGAAUACAAUUUCUAUAUUAUCGAGUACACGGCAACAAAAACAUAUUAAUUUUUUUUUAGUACUGUUUGACUUUUACCCGAACAGUUGUAUGCGAUACGCGUCGAACAAAGAACGGGUUUUUACACAGUUUACACAGUUUUUUACCACCCAAUUCUCUCUACUGCUGCUGCUGCUGCUGCUGCUUCGACUGGUCUCGCUACAGCCCGUCUCCAAACGAUACACACGCUGUAUGGAUUUAACAACAAUCAAAUAAAAUGAGCAAUAGCGGCAAUGAUUGGUUUAGCAUAGAAGCUAUCACCAGCGAAGACCGGCAAGCGGUAAUAGAAUUUUUAAAGAAAUUUUUUUACCGCGAUGAACCACUGAAUAAUGCACUCGGAUUGAUGGAUGAUGCUAAAGCAAUAGUCAAAUUGGAAGCUUACUGUAAUUCGCUAUUGGACAGUGGACUAGCUUGCAAAGCUGUAUCUAAAGACGGCCAUUUGAUUGGCGUUAUCUUAAACGGAGUUAAAUGUAAAUUCGACAAGCACGAAGACGACACCGAAGACGACACGAAGUUUAAACUUAUUAUGACGUUUCUCAAAAAAGUCGACAAUGAAGCGAAUGUCUUUGGUCAGUAUCCAAACGUGUGCAGAAUACUUUAUAUCGAUACUGUUUCAGUGGACGACAAGUACAGAGGCAAAGGAGUGUGCAAAGCACUAAUUGACAAGACUAGAUGCUUGCAUUUAUUUUUCAGAGAGUUGGCAUUCAAAAACCGAUGUUCCAUGGUUUAUAUAGAGUGUAGCAAUUAUUUUUCCGCCAAAGCAGCGGAAAAACUAGGAUUCCAAUGUAUUUACACAUUGUCCUACAAAGACUACUUAAACGACCAAGGACAACCAAUUUUCAACCCUCCGCCGCCGCAUACACACUCUAGGGUGUAUGUCUUACCAUUAGACAACGACUAAAAGCUUUAGUUUAUUCUUGAGUAUUCACUUUACAAUACCUUAAUCAGCUUAGUCGGUAAAUUAAGUUCAUAAUACUACUCGUUAAUUAUUAUUUUGUUAAAGGCAUAUUAGUCAAACCACCUCAACCAAUCGCCUCACAUUUUACUGCCUAUGUUUUCCUGAACUACUUCUUAUAAUGUGCUGAUUUCAUUUCCAAAUGCUAUCUGACUUAGACUCCUCACUCAUCCAUCUACACGUUUUUUGUUUUAGCUACUUCUGUUUUUCUGACACUCAAAGUGCACGUUAAGUAUUUAUUUGACACUUUGUUCUACUCAACAUAUCUUCAUACGAGCUGCUUUUUUAAAUCUUUUAACUCCUCAUUACUAAUUUUUAAGUACUGUGUUUUAGACUUAUCUACUUAUUUUCAGACUAUUUUCCUUCGAUUUUUCCUUUAAUUGCUCAAAUUUAACUAAUACAAUUUCUGUGCUUUCAUUUGCCAAAACUCUUGCCAGGAAUUCUUCUAUCCCAUUACACACUCAUAUAACACGCUCUAUUCUUUCUCUAAACCGGCUUGAAUGUUGACCUUUCAGCUUUCUGAAUAUAAACCCUUAUUGAUUCUUUCUUGUUGGUUUUAUACUUUUAUCUACCUCACAUUAGUAAAGUUCCUGAAUUUAUAUUCUCUCGGAGCAAAUCUCUACGCCACCUUUCCCCUCCCCCUUCUUUUGUUCCUAGUCUUCUAUUCAGAUCUACCUUUACUAUCUUGUAUUGCUGUAUUAAAUUACAUUUAUUAUUUUUUUGUUUGGGGGGGUAAUAGAUAUUCUUUGUUCUGUGUCAUCAAUAUUUAUUUAUAUAUAU